CCGCCAUGUACCGGCAGGGCUUCCGGCCCCCCACGCCCCCUUGCUCCGGCGGCGGCUUCCGCGGCCCUCACCCGGGCGGAGGCGGAGGAGGCCCUCCCUUCCCGGGCUCCCCUCAGGGCUACGGGAGUCCCCGGCACACGCCCCCCUACGGGCACCGCGCGCGGCCCUACGACUUCGGGGGCCCCUCGCCGCGUCGGCCUCGCAGCGCCAGUCCCGCCGGCGGCGGCUACGCUCCCUACGGCGGAGGCGGCAGGUCCCCCGGAGGAGCCUUCCAGCAGCAGCAGCAGCAGCCGUCGCCUUACAGGCAGCCGCACUCCGGGGGCUUCCGGAGAUUCAGCCAGGGAUCACCCAGGACAUCUACCCCAUUGGGAACACCACAUGGCAGAGAGAAAAGAGUGUCUAAUGAUGACGUGGAAAACUAUUACAAACCUUCAAUGCUUGAAGACCCCUGGGCUGGCCUAGAGCCCAUAUCUGUUACGGAUGUUAACCAGCAAUACAGCAGUGAGCAAACAACAUACACUGGCAAAAAGGGGAGGUAUUUCAGUUAACAUUUCUGCAAGUGAAAAAACAACUGUGAGAAAAUUGGGACAACCUUCAUACGUAAGAUGGCAAGUAAUAAAGAACUUUAAAAAAUGCUUUUAUUUUGAACUGACCAUAUGGAAGUAGGAUAUCCGCCUAUGAAGAGCAAAGUAUUCUUUGGUCACCAGCAAAUCAGUCUGUGUCAGUUUCUUAUAUUCAUCUUUUCCAUGCCAGAUUAUACAGUAUUAACCUGAGAAAGCGGUAUAUUUUAGGUUUGAACAUUUUUAAAACAAAGUUUUAAAACAAAGUAAAUGUUUUGUAAAACUCA